CAAGCACCACCCAAUAGGCUAAUAAUUAACUGAUACAGAUAGCAAGAAUUCUCCUAGAGAGAGACUCAGAGAGUCUGAGAGAGAACCUGGGAUGCGAGAGAGCUGCUAUUCCUCCUUGUUUAAUGUUGGUCGGAAGGGAACAGUUGAUGCUUUGAUUUUCCACCAUUUUCAAUUAGCAACCUGACUAUGGGUAACCGACGACCCCUGUGCACAGAUACGGGUGCGGGUAUUCUAUGAUCCCCUGAAAGGCUUCAGCGUGAAGUGAUGAUAAAGCAUCGGGCAACAAUCACAUCUGGGACCAUCUUAUCAAGAAAUCCGUGAUUAAUAUCAGUUACAAGGAGUAUCGAAUAUCUUUUCCUCCUCUGCCGAAGAUUUACGUGGCAUUCCUGCAUCUGCUAUGGCCUCUAGUAAGCUGGUUCAGCGGAAAGACCAUAUCUUUGAACUGUUACGUGACAAGAACAGUGCAAAGCCAAUUGUUCUUGUGGGUGAUUCUGGUGUUGGGAAAACAUGGACAGCUAGACAGAUAAGUAACUGUGCUGUUAAAGAGGGUCUAUUUGAGUUUGCUGUCUGGGUUUUCCUCGACAUAGAAUUUGAUGGUGAUGCUCUUCACGAUAGGGUUGCUCAUCAAUUGUCUAUCCGUUCUGCUGUUGAUGAGUGGGACCCUGAAGAUGGCAUUGACGAAGCAGAUAACCAUAAAACCUCACAACAUUCGAUAUCUGAUUUCUCUAAGGGAAAGAGGUUUCUUCUAAUUUUGGAUAGCUGUAGAAACGAUACAGAUGAAAAAGACGUGCUGUCAAAAUUGAUAAACCUGCUAAAUCUUCCCAACGAAAGUUCAUUCAAGGUUAUAAUCACUAGUGCAAAGAGCAUCGACAGUUAUGCUCCCACGGAAUACGAAAGUGUGAUGUUGGAGCCUUUGUCUCUGGAAGAAUCACGGGCCUUAUUGCGAGAAAGGGUUGGGGAUGGGGUGAUGUCCAAGCUUUUGUCUGUGGAAGAAUCACGGGCCUUAUUGCAAGAAAAGGUUGGGGAUGAUGAGCCAUCCAUUAGUGAUCUAGCUGAGAAAUUCAUGGAAAAUAGAAAAUAUUUGCCUCGUUCAAUUAUCUUGAUGGCAAAAGCCAUAAGGUAUUUCAGUCUACAGGAUUCCGGGCCACAGAUGAUUAAGAGUGCUUUGGAGCAAGCAUCUGGUGAUAAAAGCUAUGAUAUAAAACAGCUACUCGAGAGUGGGUAUGACGGGUUGCCAAGGAAUGUCUUGAUUGACUGUUGUAGGCGUUGGAGUGACUUCUCUCGUAGCCGUGGAAGCAUUCAUUACAAUGAGUUGAUAGCUCACUGGAUACUGGAAGGGUAUUUUGGCCAUGUCGAUUGGAUUGAGGUAGCAUAUGAGAAGGGCCAUUCUGUUCUGAUGGAGCUUGUGGAUUGUCAGGUGCUGAAAAACCUGGAGGGUGGUUAUGUAACAAUGGAUAGAGCAAUCUCAAAUAAGGAUGAGUACAACUGUUACGGGGGGAGAGCGAGUCUUGGGUUAGCUGAUGUGUUAGCAGAUCUUGAGUGGGAAGGCUUUGGCAGAAUUACUUGGACAGAUGGAAUGAUAAAGUCGCUUCGCAGUGGUAAAAAGGAGCGGAAACUCUCAACGGUUUUCCUCAGUGGAAACCGCUGUGUUGAAUUUCUAUAUGACGAUUCUGUUGGGUCGAAACAGGAGAUUGGCAUUCUUGCCUUUUUCAACCCGACCUUCAACUCGCUGGCACAUCUCUUGUCUGACAUGCACAAACUUUUUGUGCUUGUACUAAGAGGUUGUGAAUUUUUGGAAAAUAUCGAUCACAAGUUCAACUUUAAAAGAUUGACAGUUCUUGAGAUAUCCAAUGCGAGCUCAUUGAAGACCAUUCCGAAUGAUUUUUUUGACCACGUGCUCCAACUUCGAAGCUUGCAUAUAUCUGAACUGAAGGUUGAGUCUUUACCUUCGUCUAUGGAAAACCUCAGGGAAUUGCGAUGGCUCAUCCUUAGGGAUUGUUCUUCUUUUAAAAGACUAAUUAGUCUGAAAAAUUUCAAAAAUCUCAUGGUUCUUGAUGUUUCCGGGGCUACAUCUUUGACAAAUUUUAAAGACAAAUCCUUCAAAGUCAAUACAAAACUUCAAACGAUUAAUCUUUCCCGUACCUCUAUAAGAACAUUACCAAAACUUCUGAAUCUUGGAGAACUGACUCAUUUCUCACUAAGUGGCUGCGAAUCCUUGGACAGACUUCCCAAAACUGAUGCACUCUCACACCUCAAAUCUCUUGAUCUUUCAGGUGCUAAAAGUUUUAAGGAGUUUCAUGAGCUAUCAUUACCGAAUCGUGGUAGCCUCAAGAUACUUGAUCUAUCGGAUACCCCUUUAGCAAAUCUGCCUUCCUUGUUUAACCCUCGUCAUCUCCUUUUAAAACGUUGCCCUCAGCUGAAGAAACUGACAUGCAUUGAAGCAUUUGAAGGCCUACAGGAACUUGAUCUUUCAGGUACAAAAAGUCUAGUUGAAAUUGAGGAAUUCAGCCGUCUGACUUCUCUUCAAAUUCUCAACCUUUCGGAAACUAGCAUCACAGCUCUACCAUCCCUUUCCAAAGCUUGUGGCAUCCGCAAGCUCUUGUUAUCCGGCUGCAGUUCUUUGACAGCAAUAACAGAUGCAUCCUUUGACAAAUUGACCUCCCUUGAGCAUCUUGACCUCUCUGGGACAAUGAUUGAAUCUCUGCCAUGCCUUUCACUCUCUACCGUCCUUUCUGUCCUCUCACUGAAAGAUUGUUCAAAAUUGAGCUCACUUCCACCCCUGCAACAUCUAACGAAUCUCCAGGAGCUAAAUUUAUGCGGUGUUGCGGCUUUGGAUGAAACCAGAGCUGAUUUUUUGGAAGGCAUGAGCCAAAUUCGGAUUCUUAAUCUAUCCAAAACUGGUAUUAAAGAGUUGAAAUCCAUGUCAAACCUCACAAGCCUGAAGAAACUUUUUUUAAGAGGUUGUAAGAAAUUACAAACAGUGCAGAAUUUGGGAGAGCUCACGGCGCUUGAGGUACUGGAUCUUUCGGAAUCCGGAGUCACUCAAUUACCUCCCCUUGGCAAUUUUAGAAAGCUCAGACAGCUCCUCCUUGGUGACCGUUCAAGAUUGGAAGGGUUUCCGGUGGGGAUGACUGUUGGUGAUCUUCCCAACAGAAUCUCAGAGUUGACUGAUCUUGAGUACCUUCAUUUGCCGAACACGAAUAAUGUUCAAGGAUCUGAGAGCAGAAAUACAACUUCACAGCAAGAAGAAGUGGAUCCUAAACAGUGGGCCAUCUUCCGUUUUCCUGAUGAAACACCUGGGGUCAGUGAAAGGCCUCCCAUAUCUUAUAGUGGCAUUCAAUUUCUUCAAUCUUCGAAGGAAAAUCCCACUUCACUUGAAGAAACCUUAAGGCGAUUUCAUUUCUGUAUUCAUCCCACUGAGGCUCAACCUAAUAAUGGGCACACACAUCGCUGUAGAAAUGAUUUUAUAUUCAGAGAUAUCCGCUUCCCAGUUGCAGAGUUUGGUCGUUUUAAAGAGAAAAAAUCAUUGGAGAUCCAUGGAUUCAACUUUUUCCCCACGGGUAUUGAGGAUGUUCUCUGCAAUGCGGACUGUGUGUUUUUCAUUGAUGAUACAUUCAAGUUAUCUGGUAUUAAUGCAGCCAGCCUAAAGGAAAUGAAAGGCUGUUGGAUUGAAAGAUGCACAGAAAUGGAGAGUUUUUUGAAUGCAAGAGAGGAAGAUGAUGCCACUAAGCCGGGAAUAGCAUUGGAGGAGUUGGGGAUUUCAAAUGCUAUUAAUUUGCAUACUAUUCUCAGUGGGACACUGCCUCGGAGAUUUGAAAACCUCAAAAGUCUAUAUCUCGAUUGUUGCCCGAAGCUUUCAAAUGUUUUCUCGGCAUCUUCCUUGCCAGAAAACCUCAAAGUUCUUCAAAUCAAAUUUUGUGAUAAUUUGGAGAAUAUGUUUACAACAUCACAAGAGCCUGAAUUGCGACAUUUAGAGACAUUGUGUCUGUGGGAACUACCAGAACUGAAGAGAAUUGGAUGCAGAUUGCCAUCUCUACACACUCUAAAAGUUUGGGAGUGUCCAAAGCUGCAGAAAUUAGAUUACAGUAUCCACUCAGUACAAAAGUUACAGAGUUUAUGGAUUUCCAAUGUUGUUGAUUUGAAGAGCAUCUGCAGUGGUAGCCAUCAACCUGGGGGUCUAAGCAACCUUGAAACUUUGGUUGUUGAGUGUUGCCCCAUGCUUGAAAACGUUUUCUCUACACCCGAAACACCACAAAGUCUCAAGACUCUCAAAAUCAAAUCUUGCAACCGAUUGAAGACUGUGUUCGAACAUGACGCAUCAUCAGACCGUACAUUGCAUGAGCUACAAACACUGCAUUUGUACGAACUGCCGAAAUUGGAGAAAAUUGGAGGCAGACUGCUGGCUGUGGAAAAUCGUGUAAUAAUGGGAUGCCCGAAUUUCAGAGACUCCCCAGUGGUUUGAAAUCACCAUCUCUCUUGUCACCUAUUACUUGUGUAAUAAUGGGAUGCCCAAUCAGAGACUCCCCAGUGGUUUGAAAUCACCGUCUCUCUUGUCAGCUAUUACGAGAUCGGGAAAUUGUAGAGGAGCAGGAGACGGUUUCAUUCAGGUGCUCAGCAGUUGCUCCUUUUGCAUUUUUAUUAGACUUCAGCUUCCAGAGCAAGGCUGGUACUCAAUUGUGGAUAAAUGAGGAACUCAAAAGCCAUUUCUUUGAAGCAGCAUCUGCAGAAGUAGGUUAAGCACUGAAAGGAACGCUGCUUCAAGUUUUUAAUUGUUGGUGCUCUUAUAUUUUAGGAGUAGUUUCAUUUGGGUUUUCGGUAAUGUGGCUGGUAGAUAUCAGGGCUUUCCUUCAUGGCAUGAUUAGUUGAACUGUUAUAGAUGUACCUUAUGCAUAUUGUUUUGUUCUGUUGUUGCCAUAAUUUCCUCGUCUUUUGAUGAAAACUCCUUUUCUUCUUUCUGUA